CAGGUACUUGUAAAACUCCAUUGUCUUGUCUCAGUUUUCUUCGUCUCUAAUCGAACUCUUUUUUUUUUUUUCCCAAAUAUUUCUACAUUUUUAUUGAUUUCUAUCAUCUCAUGCUUCCCAUAAUUCACCGCAGUUUCUUCUUGCUUUUAUAUCACAUCAAAAAAUUUUAGUGUAAAUUGAGUUUCAGACGUUGAAGAUGCACUCUAAAACUCUAAGCCUGGCUUUAGGAUUCACCCUUUUCCCAACCCUAAAACCCCCUCACAAAACCCUUUUCUUCCACCAAAUCCUCGUCUUAAUCCUCACUUUCUUAGCCUACGCCUCUUUUCACGCUUCUCGGAAACCCCCCAGCAUCGUAAAAAGCAUCCUGGGACCCACAAUUGAAUCAAAUUCAAGCUCUAAUGACACCGGAUGGGCCCCGUUUAACGGGUCGGAAGGAACUCGCCGGCUUGGAGAGCUUGAUCUUGCAUUUUUAUUAUCAUAUGCCAUAGGCAUGUUUUUUGCUGGACAUGUAGGUGAUAGGAUUGAUUUAAGGCUUUUUCUUGUGUUUGGAAUGAUGGGCAGUGGCAUUUUUACGAUAAUUUUCGGGCUUGGUUACUGGUUUGAUGUUCAUUUGUUUAGUUAUUUUAUGGGUGUUCAAGUUGUUUGUGGGGUUUUUCAAUCCAUAGGUUGGCCUUGUGUGGUUGCGGUUGUGGGGAAUUGGUUUGGGAAAGAGAAGAGAGGGUUGAUUAUGGGGGUUUGGACUUCAAAUAUGUCUGUUGGGAACAUUAUUGGUUCUGUUGUGGCUUCUGGGGUUUUGGAGUUUGGUUGGGGUUGGUCCUUUUUGGUGCCUGGGGUUUUCGUUAUUGUAGUUGGUGUUUUGGUUUUUUGUUUUUUAGUUGCGAGUCCUGAUGAAUUGGGGUUCGCAAUCAUGGCGCCUGGGAAGGAGAUUGAGAUGAAUGUGGAGGGAGAAAAUGAGGGGAAUUUAGAAAAAGUUGAGUCAGAGGAAGCAGUGCUGCUUGAGAAUGAGGAUUCGGAUUCCUUGGCUGCCAUUGGAUUCUUAGAGGCAUGGAGGUUGCCAGGUGUGGCACCAUUUGCUUUCUGCCUGUUCUUCUCGAAGUUGGUGGCUUACACAUUUCUGUAUUGGUUACCCUUCUACAUAAGGCACACAGAUGUUGCGGGAGUGCAUUUGUCGCAUAAAACUGCUGGGAUCCUCUCUACAAUAUUCGACAUUGGAGGGGUCUUUGGUGGGGUAAUGGCAGGUUUCAUUUCGGAUGUCAUUGAAGCUCGUGCAGUUACUUCAGUUACUUUCUUAUUACUAUCAAUUCCAGCACUCAUUUUUUACCGGAUUUAUGGAAGUGUCUCUAUUGUUACCAAUAUUGCCUUGAUGUUUCUCUCUGGUUUGCUAGUGAAUGGCCCUUAUUCACUGAUUACAACCGCAGUUGCUGCUGAUCUUGGUACCCAGGACUUGAUUAAAGGAAACUCCCGUGCAUUAGCAACCGUGACUGCAAUCAUAGAUGGUACUGGCUCCGUUGGGGCAGCUCUUGGGCCCCUUUUGGCUGGGUAUAUAUCCACUAGGGGUUGGAAUAGUGUAUUCCUUAUGCUUAUUGUUGCUAUGUUGUUUGCAAGUUUAUUCUUGAUUCGUGUUGCAAGAAUUGAGAUUGGAAGGACGGUAAAUGAAGGGAAAGGGCUUUGGAGUAGUGUGACCACAAGUUGACACUGUUGCUCAAGGCAUCACUGUUUUUGUCUUUGGUACUUAUAGAAUAGGAUCUCAUUAGGAUGCAGCAUGUGACGUAAAAGUUUUCUGUUCAUUAUACCUAUAUCUUCUAUUGUAUUUCAUUCUUUUAUACACAAUAUCUUCAAUUCACUUAUACAUGUACAACAAUUUUUUUGUAUCAGAAUGAGCUUUACUCCUCUUUUUAUCUA